AUGUCCGAAUCAGCUCUUGUAAGCCCAUCAACACACUCUAUGUCUUCAAGUAGCGGUACUAAUACUCGGACAAGAAAGUCCACUCUUACUCAACAACAGAAAAACAAGAAGCGUCAAAGAGCCACUCCGGCCCAGUUGGUAUAUCUUAAAAAGGAAUUUGAAAUCAACAACACACCAAAUGCAAAGACCCGAGAGGAAAUUGGUAAGAAGAUUGAUAUGACCGAGAGGUCUGUACAGAUCUGGUUUCAAAAUAAAAGAGCCAAGCAGAAGCUCUUCAGUCGUAAACAUAAUAUCUCUGGUCUAGGGAAUAUUAGUCCCCUUGGUCCUAAUAUGGUGGGUAAUCGAUAUUUCUCACCAUCGAGUAAUUCUUCUUUGGAUAAUUCUAGCUAUUCGUCUCCUGGAUUAGGUGGUAUGGCUCAUCCUAAAAUGUUUGUAAUGCCAUAUGACGGAAUGCGAUCAUUUGCCAGAUCAGCAAGUUCGUUGGAACACAGGCAGGCAUUAAGAGGCUAUGGGAAUCUAGCGUCAUUGAUUGUCUUUUCAUGUCGGUCUUUGACAAUUGGAAGUUGGAGAAGAGUCGCAUCUCCUAAUGCAACAAAUGGUCUGACUCCUGACGAUCUUACGGUACUAUACAGUCCGUCUGAAUCGACUUUUACUUAUCUAAUGUUUGAUGGAACCACGAGAUUUCGAAUGGAAUUCCCUGCAAAGUCUGUUGAGAAAAUAACCUUGUCGGUGGAUGAAAACAACUCGAUGGCAGGUGUAGUCACUCUAUGUCUGAAUAACAGACCAUCAUUUUCAGUCAAGACCCCAAAGAGCCCUGAUCGGUGGCUGGUCUGUGGAGAUUUUUCGGUUGCUGAACAAGCUUCAAGAUGCACGAUUCACAAACUUGUUGGCCCUUAUAAUCAACUUCAUGGCCAGGUAUGUCAACUCUAUUCGUUCCAGCCAUCGAAAGUUUCGGCAGGACUACUUACUCCUCCACAGACUGCUACGAGUACAUCGUCAGAAAGAGAAUUGGAGGCAGUCAGCCAGAGGAGUCGGUUGGUUGAUAAUCUAUGGCUUAACGCGCCAGAACGAUCACAGACAAGGUCAACACCGGCGGUCUUUACUUGUUCCAAUAACGUUGCUGUUCAUGAUGUUUGCGACUCUAUACUUGCAUUUGGAGACUCUGUUUCAGAAAACGAUCUCACUUCACCUGCUCCUGGUGGCAGUGAGUUGGCAGACGAAAUUAAAGACGAUAUCCAUGACGCAUUGUUCUCUGAGCCAGAAGUGAGUCAAAUAUCAUGGAACACUAUUUUUGGUGACGAAGAGAGUCAGUUUGCACCUGCAGAUGAUUUGUUUGAAGUCAAGAUUGGAGACAAUAAUGCCGCUCAUAUCGAUACUCUAUUCAGCACGCAAAGCAGUUUAGGAAUGAUUUCACCGGAUAGUGAUGGUGCCGGUAAAAUGGCUGAAGUGAUUUCAGGGCAAGUUCACAACGAACAGACAGUCGAGCCUGCUGUAAUCACCAGUCCCACCUCUACGGCUGUUAAUGGUGAUACUGUGGGCACAAAUGCCCCGAUCAUGUCAAGUUCAAUGAAUGGUUCUGGUAGCACCGACUUUGAUGACCAACUCCUACUGGGAGCAGGAAAUAAUUACACACUUGACGCCACAUCGUCAGUCAUCGGACUCAACGACGACUUCCAGCUUUCAUAUGUAGUUAAUUUCUUAUAG